AGUGUUAAAAAGUGCCAGACGUGAACAUACUUGUCUUGCUUCCGCGCUCACCAGGAAGUUCCAAUCCGAUCCACCUAGCUCAAGCAUUUGUGUGUAUUUCGGCGACAAGUAAAAAAUGUGUGCGUUUCAGAACCCAUUGCAUUUGGAGGGGUACACCCUAGGAGAGGAGAUCGGCAGAGGGGCUUCAGGCACAGUGUAUUCAGCAAAAUCGACCGAGACGGGAAUGACCUAUGCGGCUAAAAGGUUACUGAUUGAAGACACGUCCAUCAGAGAAGUUGGCGUUCUGACACAACUUAGAAAACAUCCAAACAUCGUGGAAUACGUGGAAUCUAAGGUAGGAUUGGAUGGGCAAACACAGGUGCUGUUUGUCAUUUCUGAGUUUUGUCCUCUUGGAAACAUCGGCGACUACAUCCUCAAGCAACAAGUCGAAGUCGUCACCAAGAGAAAUCUCGCGGUUCAGCUGGCGGACGCUAUAACAUUUCUUCACAAGAACAAGAUCGUCCAUCGCGACAUCAAACCACAAAAUGUCCUUCUGACGGGCAAUAAGGCGUUUCUAGUGCUGAAAGUGGUGGAUUUCGGACUUGCUACAGUACUUCCAAGCCCAGAAAACGGUGCGAACAACUUUGAUCGUUCCUACAUGCGAUCAGCUGUCGGAACGAGGUUCUACCUCUCACCCGAAAUCUACCAAAGUCUGCUGAACGACCAACCAUGUCGCUACACCCCUUCAGUAGACAUUUUCUCCCUGGGACUACUGUUAUGGGCCAUGUUUGAUGGAUUGAGUAUUCCGGGUUCGUGCCAGGCAGAUCGGUACUUAACACCUUUUGCAGGUGCAGAGACGGACCCAAUGCCUAUAGCUCAAGCUGUAACACAGGGGGACAUUGGUCAGCUGGAUGUGAUGAGCACAGAAGAAGCACAUCAGUGUAAAAACCUUGUCCGCCGCAUGCUGAGUAUGGAGGGAAGGGAGCGGCCAGGAGCCCAAGAGGUGUUGGACACGUUGAUAGGAGGUUAUGGUGAUUACAGGGUAAUGCGCGUGUCCGUGGGUGGAGCUCGAGACGCAAAUCGCCAGCAUGGUAACAGACGCGAAGGGCAAUGGGUUGAGCACGAUGUUCAAGGCGCCAGUUGUUCUUGCAAAGGAACUCAGUGGGUUUUGGGUUGUUUGCUCUGCUACUUGGACACAAACGAAAGCUGUGCUAAGUUUUGGAAAGGAAAGGGAAUCUUGUUUAUGCUGUUGGCCAUUGCUAUUAGCCUAGCUGUAUUGUUGACUCAAAGUUUCUACGUAUUUAUGUACGCCGUGGUGUUUUCCAUUGCAGGCGCACUGUUCCUUAUUAAGCGCAUCAUGAUGUCUGUGUGUGACUUUGAGCUUGAAGCUGAUGGCGUUUCAGAGGUGCUACACUCAUCGUACAAUGAGCCACAUUUAAAAUGGUGGCGUAUGUCGCCAGUCAAUAUCCACGAUGAACGUUCAGAUUUGUGUCCUUGCCUAAGCGACCAAUCAGACUGUUUCCGGUAUAACUUCAACGAUGGCCCACAAUGCUGUAGUGCGCUGAGGGAAGUGGUCGUUUCUAGUAGUGUUCAAUCUCUAACAAACUAAUGACAUUUGAUCUUAAGCCUAUAAGCGGCUUCGGUAGCCCGCCGAAAACUCAGUGUCAUCUUACAAUUUUUCCACAGAGGAACUAAUGACUUUUUGUGUAAAGCUGUGUACUCAUGAUCAUUGACUUCAUGUAUGCUUUUGAAUAAAGUUACUAUCUAAUAUAA